AUGUCUGAGGAAGUGGCAUCAUCUGAGGAAGAGAAAAUAAAACUCAUCUGUGGGUUGUUAUGUCAAGCCCCUCCCAAUGAAUUUAAUGACGUCUUUGAAGAUCUCCGUGUUCUGGCUAUGGACGAUCAGUUGAUGAGGACCAAAGUCGCUAACGAGUGUGCUAAUCACAACAAGAAGAACUUCAAAAUGGUGGCAUUAGCGGGUGGAAAUUCCCUAGUGUCCCACUACAAUCAUCUCAAGGGCGUUCGCUUCUUUGAUCCACAGAGCACGUAUUCGUUCAGAUACGAUCACCUGACCGGAAGAACGGAUAAAUUUUUGCUUCAGGGCACCAUAGCAGAUGACACAGAGUUAUGGCGAUCGGCCCUUAACGGUUCUUUAAAGACAUACAUGAAGAAUCACUUCCCUUCAGGAACUUGCUGUGUUUUCCGAAAAGACCUCAAGAGCUACCCUUACUUUGUGGUCUGCAUGGAAGGUCAUCAGUUUCAACCUUCCCAAGGCUUUAAUGGCCUCUGGACGUCCGAGUGGACCUUUGCCUUCACUCCACCCACCACAGAAGUCACAGGGAAAUAUCAGCUACAGAUACACUAUUUCAAACAGGCUAACUGGCACUCGACAGUAGACAAAAUGGUGCAGAGGUCCGUGUCCUUAGUGAACCGCGUCCAGUUCGCCAUGGCAUUUACACAAUUAAUUGAGGCUGAGGACAAUGAAUUUCAGAAGGCUCUAGAGGAAAACCUCCAGGAGUUGUCAGUCGAACUGUGGAAAACACUACGGAGAAGGAUUCCCAUCACUCGCACUGUCAUCGGCUGGGAUAAACUGCUGAGUAGAGAGAGUACCAAAGUAAAGGGAAGCGCCGUAUCCCUAAGCAUGCUGAAGGGCCUUGCAUGA